AUGUCCGGCCGCGACGUAAAGCCCCGCCUCCCCCGCAUGCCGGGGCGGGCCCGUCCCUCGCUGAUUGCGGCCGCGCACUCCCAACCCGAACCCGGUGCCGAGACAGCGCGCGCCGAGGCGCACGAGUCGAUGGACGUUGACGCUGGUGCGGACGCGGCCCCCGCCGCCGCGACAGCUGGCCCGAGCACGAUCGCGCUCACUGGCGGCUCCAACACGGACUCUGAAUUGGUUGCCGAGGGCGGGAGUGGCGCCUCGACCCCGCUGAGCGCUACUGGUACACCUGCUGCCGCACCGGCACCCAAGAUGAAGUUCAAGCCCAAGAUGCCGGUGCGCCGUGCGGUGCAGGCUCAGCAGGAGGACGUGAAACCGGAUAUCUCGGGUGCGGCGGUGCGUGGGCGUCCGGCUAUGCGCGCGCGCGGGCGUGGAGGCUCACGCGGAGGAGCUCGUGCCGCGCCGAGCACGAUUGCUGCUGGACCGUUUGGUGGCACGCGGACAAACUUUGCGCCUGCGCCGCCGCCACGAUUCCAGGCGGACGUGACGAGCGUGGAGGUGUACUCUGACAACGAGGAUGGCACGCGCACGGGUGUGAUCGACAUUGAGGCCGUCUCGGGGCUCUCCGAGUCGGCGCCCACGAGCGCGUACCGCGAACGCGACCUGGACGGCGGCAAGGCCAAGGCCAAGGAGGCCAUCAAGGCCAAGAUGCGCGACCGUAAGCGCCAGCAGCGUGCGCGGCAGGUUGCGCGCAACAUGGCGGCUGCGGCCGCUGCUGCGCUGUCCGAGGGCGCCGCGGCCGGCGUCAAGGCCGAGCCAGUAUCGCCUGUGCGUCCGGGUGCGGUUCUGCCGCCAGACCCGAACGCGGGUGUGCCCCCGCCGCUUACUCGCGUGGGCGACUCGAUGAUCAGUGCGGACCAGCAGCAGGACCGGACGGCGGACGGGCGCCGCAUGGCGCGCACGGACACGACGGUGAGCGCGGGGACGACGACGACACCGGACAGCGAGGCAGUGGAUGCUGCGCACGCCAUUGACCUGUCGGAGAGCGAGAGCGAGGACGAAGAUGAGCCGAUGGAGGGCGACUUUGUGCUCGCACCUGGCAUGGACAACCCCGAGGACAAGCUCUUCACGUUCCAAUUCCCGUCCAGCAUGCCCAAAUUUGUCAUGCCGGUCGCGCCUGCGCUGCCGGCCGAGGGCGACGGCGAUGUCGUCAUGGUCGACGGCGGCAGUGCGGCACCGCCACCAGAGGUCAAGCCCGACGUCAAGCCGAGCCUCGCGCAGCUGCGCCGCAAGCGUGGCGGGCCUGCCCCGCCCCCCGAGGGCCGUAUCGGCACGCUCGUGGUGAUGAAGAGCGGCAAGGUCAAGAUGGUCAUGGGCGAGGGCGCCAACGCGAUCGUCAUGAACGUCGCGCCCGGGGUGCCCACAACGUUCCUGCAGCAGAUUGUGCACCUCGACGCCAAGGCCAAGAGCACGACCGUCCUUGGUGAGGUGCACAAGCAGUUCACGGUCACACCGGACCUCGACCGCCUGCUCGAGGACCUGUUCAUCAACGGCGGCGAGACGCCAGGAGACCGCGAGCGCAAGAUGGCUGCGGCGGAGCGGCGUGCCCGGGCGGAGCGUGGGCUCGUCAAGAUGGAGAUGAGUAGUCCGUGA